AAAAAAUUAUACCAACAGAGACGAUAAACUUUUUAAGUAAAUAAAUAUGUACGGGCAAAAAAUAUAACUCUUGAAAGUAUAUAAUAUUGUCAAUAUAAAUAUUUUAUCCAUGUGUGCAUAUUGAAAUAGAAAAUGUAUUAAAUUUAUAGGAAAAUAAGUAUUCACAGUUUGUGUUAAUAAAAUUAUAUUGUAAGUGGGAUUGAAAUGGAUCCUAAAGUGGAAAGAUUAGUCAAUGCUUGCAGAAAGCUACGUUCUGAUAUGUUAACAUUGAAAAAAUACUGCAUGGAGGAGAACAAAAAGAAUGCAGUGCUUCGUGAGCAAUUGCGUCAACGCGAAGCAGAUUGCAGACGUUCUGAGCAGGAAAUGGACUCAAUUUCUUUUCGUAACAAGCAGUUGGAACAUAGAGUGGCUGUUUUACAAGAAGAACUAUCUAAUAAUGAGAAACGUAAAAAUGAUAAGGAUCAAAAACGUCAAAACGAAACACAACGAGGAAUUGGUGGAGGCAAUGGUGCGAGAGUGGUAACCAACAAAACUGAUAGAGCACAAGAUGAACUUAUAUUUGAAGAAUUGCAAAAGAAAAUAAUGGAUAAUGCUCAAUUAACUUCGUUGAUAGAUGACAAGGAUCGUGAACUUAAGUUACAUAUUGAACGUGUUCAAAAUUUAGAACAAACUCUACAAAAACGUUUUAAUGAACAUACUGAAAUGGAGCAACGCUUGCGACAAGAUGUAGAGACAUUACAAAGCAGAAAUGCUGAGCUGGAAACAAAAUAUAUAGAAGCAACAAGCAUGCUUGGUAGUGAGGAUGCUUUAAGUGCAUCUGGCAGCGAUAAUACACCUUUACAUAGUAUCGAUCAUAAUCAUAUAUCAUUACCUAAUGUAGCAGCGGCCAUGCAUACGAAAGAAGAACGUUUAGCGUUUUUAGAACAGGAAGUGGCACAUUGGCGUGCACAAUAUGAAAUAUUAAAAUUAAGUGAAGCCUUUGGUAAUAGUAAAGCUGAGAAUGUUCUGAAAUCAACUUCCGUGGUAUUGAAUGAUGCAAACUGCAGUUGCAGUUCAGCAGCGGCGGGUAUUACUGUUCGAACUAAUGUUGGCGAAUCAAAAAGUGCGCAACGUGGUGUUCGUGAUUUUUUGAAAGAAACACAGCUUCCUCCAGCUAAGGAGGAACUCAUUUAUAAUAAUUUUAGUAAAAAAUUCGAGGAUCUCUUAAAGGACAAAUGUAUUGCAGAAUCUCGUAUUACAUCAUUUGAAACUGAAGUAGAUCAUUUACAAAAUUGUCUUGAAAAUGCAACACAUGAGCUUACAGCAAAAGAUGAACAGAUGAAAAGUAUAAGUCAAGCGCUACAAAUACUAGAGGAAGACUUGGCAACAACGCGAUUAAAUUACGAAGAACAAAUUAGUGUGUUGACGGAACAAGUUAUAAGUUUAAGUGAACAGUUAGCCGGAUGUAAAUAAUUUAAUAAAAUUAAAAUUUGUGCUUUUAUAUGUUGUAUAUAUUUUAAGUACAUAUAAUUUAUUUGACUUUAUGGUAAAUGUUCAAAGUCUUACACGUUAAAUUUUUUGAAAAAUAAUGAAAUAUAUUUAUUUAAGAUUUCAAAAUUGAUGAAGCGAAAAAUUAUUAUCAGUAUGUUAUUUGGCAAAUAUAUAAAAUUUAAGUUUCUUUUUCCUACAUGCUUAAAAAAUAUAUUUACUUUUUCAUCUCGGAGGAAUUCUCAACCGCUACGGCCUACUGUAUUUAUUGAGUUGAGAAAAACUUUAAAGUCAAUCAAUUACAACAACUUAAAUACUUUAUGUCCUGUAUUAUUGAUUGUUUACCUAACAUUAUAUGUAUUGAACAUGUUGUUAGUUUAAUAAUUAUAAAAAUAGUUAAAUUAAACAUUUGUGCAU